AUGGGUUAUGGAUUGGGUGGUUACGGUAUGGGAUACGGAAUGGGUGGCUACGGUAUGGGUGGAUGCUAUUAUGGCUGCGGAUUGUAUGGUAAAUAA